GAGUACCUACGUAAAGGAAGACUGUACCAGGCGUGUUAGUGUUUGUGUAACAGUAAGCCUGUUACUGUGACCCACUGAGGCUGAGCAUUAGACCAUGAAUACAGCAUGAUGCCGGUUAGAGUUUGGAUUGGUCUCAUAAACAGACUUCAAUCACCGUGUGGAGCCAAGGGGACGACAUGAACCUGGUUAUCCGUGGAAGGGCGAGGAGCUCUUCCAAAAUGUGGCUGCGGCGGUACAGUGUUUAUGAAAUACUAUCGGUACGGGAUGAACGGCGGUGCAGACUGCUGUUCCGAGCUGCCCUUGCCGCGGUACACCAGCAACAGGUCGUCCACGCCUCUCGGGUUAGAUCCACCCUGGAGAACCGUCAGCGAAAUUAUUAUGAUGUGCUUAAAAUUACUCCCAAGGCCACUCAAGCUCAGAUAAAGAAUGCAUAUUACAAGCUUUCAAAAAAGUAUCAUCCUGAUCAGUACAAAGGUGAUGAAGAUCCUGCAAAGAAAUUUCGGGAAAUAAAGGAGGCUUAUGAGAUCUUAGGGAACUUCAGUCAGAGAAAAAUGUAUGACAGGGGUCUGCUGGGAAUGUCUACAGCAGCAACACCAGGUGAGGCAGAGGAAUAUUCAUCCAAGUUUUAUGAAUCAAGAAGAAAAAGAGGUGCAGUGCCUACAACUUCAGGAAGAACUCCAAUAUAUAACUUUGAUGAGUGGACUAAGGUGCAUUACCAGUCAAGUUGGGAACGCAAACAAGAUGCCAAGAUAAGGUAUGAAGACGUUUUGAGACAGAGAAGCACUGAAGUUGAGGAGAAGAAAACUCAGUCUGCUAUUAGUGUUUUAAUGCUUUUAAUUAUUGCAUUUUUAAUUCAUAUAUGUAUGUCAAGCAGUUAUGAUUCAGAAAAGCCCAAAAGUAAACAGAAGUAGAAAAUAAUAAAGUGAAAUAAAAAAAACUGCAGUGAAAUCUACUUUAUCUGGACUAAUGUUUGGGUUUUGGAAAGGUCUCUCCUUAGACAUUACAUACGACCAUUUUUUUUUUUUCUUCCAUCUUGGAGGCUUGAAGUAUUCGAGUAUUACUGUGAUUUCUUUUAUUUGAAAGUAAAAUUUAUCAUCAGUUUUUUAUUGCUUUUAAGUUAAUUAUAUAUGGGUAAUGAUUUUUUUUUUAGGUUAGAUGGGAUUGUUGUUCACUCACCCAUGGUGAUGCAAGCAUUGUAGGUCAUACUGCUCCCUAGUACAUUUGUGACAGGAUUGGUGGGAGGGUGUGGGUGAUCUGUGGCCAAUAGAUGAUUGGAAAAAAAAUUGCCCAAUUCAUAAGGAACUACUGCAGGAGUUUACCAAUUGCGCAUGCUUGCCAUUCAGUUACCAACUCCCAGUACUGAUUGUGUUGCAUUACUUAUCACUCAUGUCCUUUGUAAGAUAUAUUGAUUUUGAAUCUACCUGAUUCCAGGUGCAUGCUAGGAUGGUAGAUGGCUAUGAUAGAGUUUUGCAUUUCACUGCAAACAAAAGAAAAGAUGUUUGACAAGAAAAUAUGCACUAUCUGCGACAAACCUGUUAUACAGGUUAGAGUUGUUGUGAGAAAGUUCUCCAAAUGUUUGCUUUUAUUCAUUUUUAUUUUCCUUUUAAGCAAUGUCCAAAAAGAUAGAUUUCAGGGGGAUUUUCUGGUAAUAUAUAUGGAGAUUCUGUAAUUAGUUGAUCCAGUAGAAAUUGGCUUCUUGGUGUGGAGAUAACUUAUAAUGUAUAUAUUGUAUAAACAGAUACUGUAUC